AGGUUGGUCGCUGCGAAGCGAUGGCACACACACGAUGAGGUGUGCAGCAAGCGGGACAAGGGGAGUGAGAAAGAGCAGGAAGAAGAGUCGAUAGGCGGACAAGAAGAGCAGGAAGAAGAGUCGAUAGGCGGACAAGAAGAGCAGGAAGAAGAGUCGAUAGGCGGACAAGAAGAGCAGGAAGAAGAGUCGAUAGGCGGACAAGAAGAGCAGGAAGAAGAGUCGAUAGGCAGACAAGAAGAGCAGGAAGAAGAGUCGAUAGGCGGACAAGAAGAGCAGGAAGAAGAGUCGAUAGGCGGACAAGACGAGCAGGAAGAAGAGUCGAUAGGCGGACAAGAAGAGCAGGAAGAAGAGUCGAUAGGCGGACAAGAAGAGCAGGAAGAAGAGUCGAUAGGCGGACAAGAAGAGCAGGAAGAAGAGUCGAUAGGCGGACAAGAAGAGCAGGAAGAAGAGUCGAUAGGCGGACAAGAAGAGCAGGAAGAAGAGUCGAUAGGCGGACAAGAAGAGCAGGAAGAAGAGUCGAUAGGCGGACAAGAAGAGCAGGAAGAAGAGUCGAUAGGCGGACAAGAAGAGCAGGAAGAAGAGUCGAUAGGCGGACAAGAAGAGCAGGAAGAAGAGUCGAUAGGCGGACAAGAAGAGCAGGAAGAAGAGUCGAUAGGCGGACAAGAAGAGCAGGAAGAAGAGUCGAUAGGCGGACAAGAAGAGCAGGAAGAAGAGUCGAUAGGCGGACAAGAAGAGCAGGAAGAAGAGUCGAUAGGCGGACAAGACGAGCAGGAAGAAGAGUCGAUAGGCGGACAAGAAGAGCAGGAAGAAGAGUCGAUAGGCGGACAAGAAGAGCAGGAAGAAGAGUCGAUAGGCGGACAAGAAGAGCAGGAAGAAGAGUCGAUAGGCGGACAAGAAGAGCAGGAAGAAGAGUCGAUAGGCGGACAAGAAGAGCAGGAAGAAGAGUCGAUAGGCGGACAAGAAGAGCAGGAAGAAGAGUCGAUAGGCGGACAAGAAGAGCAGGAAGAAGAGUCGAUAGGCGGACAAGAAGAGCAGGAAGAAGAGUCGAUAGGCGGACAAGAAGAGCAGGAAGACUCGAUCCACGAGGGAAUGAGGGCAGAUGUCAAGGAACGCACGAGCAGCAGCGGGUGAGGCAGGCGGAAGGUAUUACA